UGUGGAAUAAGUCAAGGGUUAUGAAUACUUUCUGAAGGCACUGUACAUUACUCCUCUUCUCUUCCUUGAAUUAAUUGCAGACAUGAGAAUUUUGAAUUAGUGAUAACAUUACGGUGUAUUUUAUUUUUUGUGUACUUUUGUGAUCUAGGGAGGCAAUGAUUGAUCUAAACUUCAGAUUUGCACCAGUAGUGCUGGAGCAGCACCACCAGCUCUGCAGUCUAUUACAUGUAGGUCUAUGUGCUGGGCUUUAAUAGAAAUGCACACACUGGAGGACCUCCAAGAAUAGAUUGGGAAAUACUUAUUCAAUCUGAUCAAUGAUUAGUAUGAAAAGGGAUUAGAGAUUCAUUCAUUUUGCCUAUUAAUAAUCAGCCCUCUUCUCAAAAGCAGCACAGCCGGCGUCACCUGCAGGAUCGCGACGACCUGUGCCUGCCGCUCCAGUAGGGGGCGACAAUGCAAAAUGUAUUAUACCGUGCACGCACAAAGACUGACAGCGCUCUUUGUCUUGUUUACUUUGUUUACGUUGGUAGCUCGCUGGCUAACUUGGCUAGCGAGACAGCUUUUCUGCUCAAAAAAUGUCUAAAAUUGAGUACUUGAGAGUGUUUCUCAACCAGAAAUUAAUAGCGGCAGCUGAAGAGAUAUUUGGUGUCGUAGAAGAAACGAUAGCAGAGUACCAGGAAGAGGUUUCUCACACAAAGGAGGAGAACAGGCGUCUACGGAGCAUGCUGGAUAUUCGUUCUAAGCCACAGAUCAAGUUACACAGACGAGCAGACCCCCAGCAGCUCACUGUCACCGUGUCUGAUGAGCAGCAGGAGUGGAGCCCCAGUCUGGGGCAGAAGGACCCAGAACCCACACGGAUGAAAGAUGAACAGAAUGAACCAAGGACCAGUCAGGAGGAUGAGAAUCAUUUCAACGAGUUUAUAAAUUCUUACGGCUGUGUAUCAAGUGACUAUUAUCAGGACCCAACUCAGUCCUCACUUGAAGAGAGAUACUCUCUACCCAGCACCUCAACUGAACAGAUCAAAACAGAACCUUAUGUAGAAGACUAUGGUGUAUCAGAACCAACCAGAGAGUCUCAGCCCUUCUCUGCAGUAGAUACAGAGUGUUCUGCAGCUCAGAGUGAAAACAGAGGACAUAUUGACAGGAUGGAGAGUGGAGGACCUCUGUCAGGUCCAAUGUUAAAGCCACUCAAAUCAAAGAGAACAAAGACAGUAAAAGGACAAAGUUUUCAUAGUGUUAAGGACAGGAAAUUGAACCAUCUAAAAUCACACUCGAGACCCAGUGUAAGCUGGGAUGCUGCUCCUAGUUGUAAGGUAUGUGGAAAGCAAUUUGACUCCAUGGCUUCUUUAUUAAAUCAUGUGCAAAUGCACACACAGGAUAAAGAACAUCUUUGUGGUGUGUGUGGAAAAUUCUGUCAGUCCACAGAAAGUAUGAUAGAUCACCUACAAACUCACAUCGGAGCAAAGUGUUGUCAUAUUUGUGGUAAAUAUUUUGCUUGGGAUACUUUCCUGAAAAGGCAUUUGAGGAGUCAUACAGGGGAGAAGCCGUUUCACUGUCAAGAUUGUGGCAAAGGAUUUACUCAGCGUGGACACCUAAACUUACAUAUGAGGAGCCACACAGGGGAGAAACCACAUCAAUGCCAGGAUUGUGGCAAAUGUUUCAGCCAGAAUACAUCUCUGAUAGUGCACAUGAGGACUCACACAGGGGAGAAGCCAUACAUGUGUCCUGUGUGUAGAAAAUGCUUUACCACAUCAAGUAUGUUAAAGAAGCAUCACACAGCUCACAAACAUAUAGGUGUCUUGAACGUGGCCAAUGCCACAAUGGUUUCAGACCAUACAGAGCCACGUGAAGAGGGUUUACAAAGAGGUGAACACAUGACUGUUCCCUGUGUGGGGGGAGAGAAUCAGACAGCAGACUGAGAGACACGUGAGAGGAGAAUCAGGACAUAGCCCUCCUCAGGACACUGCUCUCUGAUUAAUAUCAUGUUCUAACAGAGCAGUUAGUGGGUUUCUGAGCAACAGGAGUCCCUGCUCAUUAGUUAUAGGAUGACACAGAGGACAUGGUGUGAUCCACUGUUCUGUCUGUAUAUAAACCUUGCAUUGGUCUUUAGAGUAAUAUGUAUUGUUCAUAUAUGGUAAUAUGUCACAAUACAUCUGCCCUGAUGUUGCAAACAGCCUAGUAUUCAUAAUGUUUGUUCCCUUGUGUUUAGUGUGGCAAGAUCUUCCAUACACCAAAUGGCAUACUUACCUCUGAGCCUAAUGCCAAAAUGCACCAAGGGAAAAAAUAUAUAUUUCAUUUCAUGUGUAUUUACAUGUAUUGAGAAUUGGUAUGAUACAGUUACGCUAUGUUCAGUGGGAACUAAAUAUACCACCUGAAAUGAGAGCUUCUUUCAACCAACAUUCCCAGACAUCCAUAAAGUAUAACAGAAUAAAUGGCUGAUAAUGUG